CUGAAACCUGACCUGAACGAAGUUAUUUCUUCAUAAGGGGCAAAAAUGGCCUCAAAAUUUGAUAGUACCCAACUCAGCUUGCUCAAACAAUUUGUCGAAUUGUGUAAAACGAAGCCUGAACUGCUGUAUUCUCCACAGCUGAAGUUUUUCAAAGAUUGGGUGGAAAGCGUGGGAGGUAAGAUUCCUCCACCACCAGAAAAACCUAAAGAACCAGAACCAGAACCACCUCCAAAAGCAGCAGAGGAGCCUCCAAAAGCAGCCAAGGAGCCUCCAAAAGCAGCUGAGGAACCUCCAAAAGCAGCCGAGGAACCUCCAAAAGCAGCCGAGGAGCCUCCAAAACCAGCCGAGGAGCCUCCAAAACCAGCUGAGGAGCCUCCAAAACCAGCCAAGAAGCCUCCAAAACCAGACAAGGAGCCUCCAAAACCAGACGAGGAACCUCCAAAACCAGACGAGGAGCCUCCAAAAGCAGCCGAGGAGCCUCCAAAACCAGCCGAGGAGCCUCCAAAACCAGCAGAGGAGCCUCCAAAACCAGCCGAGGAGCCUCCAAAACCAGCCGAGGAGCCUCCAAAACCAGCCGAGGAGCCUCCAAAACCAGCCGAGGAGCCUCCAAAACCAGCUGAGGAGCCUCCAAAACCAGCUGAGGAGCCUCCAAAACCAGCUGAGGAGCCUCCAAAACCAGCUGAGGAGCCUCCAAAACCAGCUGAGAAGCCUCCAAAACCAGCUGAGGAGCCUCCAAAACCAGCUGAGGAGCCUCCAAAACCAGCUAAGGAGCCUCCAAAACCAGCUGAGGAGCCUCCAAAACCAGCUGAGAAGCCAAAGGCAGCUGAAAAGGAUAAAGAAGAACCAAAGCCCACUGCUUCAUCAGAAAAGAAGGCUGCACCAAAAGAACCUGAGGACAGUGAGAGUGAGGAAAGCGAUGUUGAAAUUGACAAAGAAGGAUGUCUUGAACCAGACAAUGAUGAACCUCAGCAAAUGGGAGAUGCAAGCAUUGAAGUUACAGAUGAAAUGAGGGAGGAAUCCUCCACAAAGAGAAUGGAAGCUAUUGCAGCAAUGAAUGAAGGAAACUUGGAUGAGGCACUCAAGCUUUUUACUGAAGCUAUUGUUAAGAAUCCAUCUGCAAGCAUGUAUGCUAAACGAGCAAGUUGUUUUAUUCGCAUGAAGAAACCAAAUGCAGCCAUUAGGGACUGUGACGAGGCUGUAAAGAUCAACCCUGACUCUGCCCAACCGUACAAAUGGAGAGGACGAGCACACAGACUCCUGGGUCAUUGGGCAGAGGCAGCCAAGGAUCUUGCCAUGGCAUGCAAACUGGAUUUUGACGAACAAACUGAUGAGUGGCUGAGGGAAGUAAAACCAAAGGCACAACUUCUACUAGAGCAUCAGAGAAAACAGGAACGGAAACGUCUGGAGAAAGAAGAGAGGAAGAAAGAAGAGAAGAAAAAAGAAGAGAAGAAGAAAGCAGACAUGAAAAAGAUGAAAGAAGCUCAAGAAAAAGCUAGGAAGGAAGAAGAGGAAAGACAAAAGAGGCAACAGAGGCAACAGAGGCAACAGAGGUCACAGGAGCACACAACAUUCCGUGGUGGCUUUCCACCUCCUGACCUAGGGGCAGACCUUGGGGAAGACGCAUUCCCUCAUCCUGAGCCAGGAGGAGCAGCCCCUGGAGGGACCGAUACACCAAACUUGAACGAGCUUCUGAGUGAUCCAGAGUUGUUAGAAGCUUUCCAGGAUCCUGAAGUGAUGGCCGCCUUCCAAGAUGUGAGCCAAAAUCCAGCAAAUCUCUCAAAUUACCAACAUCUUCCCAAAGUCCAGAUGAUCGUCGACAAACUCGCCGAGAAGUUUGGUCCCGCGGGAUCUGGCCCGCCACCUGAUACUAGCGGGUUUCCCGGGGGUGGUUUUCCUGGAGGUGGUUUUCCCGGGGGUGGUUUUGGAGGCGGUUUUGGAGGUGGUUUUGGAGGUGGGUUUGGAGGUGGGUUUCCUGGCGGGGGUUUUGGUGGUGGCUUUCCUGGCGGAAUGCCAUUUGGGAACAUGUUUGGCGGCGGGCGGUGAAUUACAAUUGUGAACUCGAAUUUACUUUGGAUUUUUUUUUCUUUUUGCUGCGCAAAAGCAAAACGUGAAACAGUAACUAAGUAUUGUAGUCUUAACGACACGAAUCGCUUUGCGUUUCAAAAUAGAGCGACCUCUUUUGUUAAAUGUGUAGCCAACCUCGUAAUAGCCGAGGGCGAUAGUGAGUUUGCAAUUCUACUAUUUCUACCAGAAACCGAAAGGAAGGGUCAGUUUGAUCUGGUUAAACUACUUAAAAAGUGAGGUCAAUUUACAUUAUAAUUUUCAGUUCACAAUUGAACUUUUAGUCCUUUAUACCAACAUACUUAGAAAAGCCAUAGGCUGACGCAGUUUGUCGGAAUUGUUCCGUGGGAUGUCUGUGGCAUACCACGAUAACAAAAAAUCCGGCUGGGUUUCUUUUUCAUUCUUACUAAAUUGUAACGACCACAAAACUGAAAAAAGGCAAGAUUAUUACACCGUUAACAAACUUCUAGCACCAAUAAAUUCAGCACUUAAUCUCAAAACAAGUCCUUAAAACAUAAUAAAUGAUCUGUGGUUCCAAGAAA